AUUACACAAGAUGGCGGCCAGCAUGGCGGCAGCGUUUAGUAAAGUUUGCAGAUCUUUUAUUUCCUCAAACCCAGCGCUUCAAUCUCCAACUGCAAGAGGAUCAGCCAAGGUUAAAAAUCGUCCUUUGUGUUGUUUUUUUUUUUACAGGAUUUCGCUUACUGAUUGAAUCUCUAAUUUACUUCUUUUUCAGUACACGCUUCCUUGUUUAAGAAGAUUGGUCCACACUGAUGGAAUCAGCUAUGAAUUUAAGCCAGAUAGACUUAAACAGAUUGAAGCAUCACCCAGUGGAUGGGUUCCUCCUGCCACUGGUAAGUAUUUAUUGUACAGCUGAUCUAUUGCUCGUUGAAAUAUGCGUAGUUCUUUACGUUAUGCAUCUAGCAAUAGUUUUCAAAAGUCAUUUAAGUUCCCCGCCCUUGGGUGUCCAUUCUAGGUCAAAAUUUCACUCCUGGGGCCCCAAAGACGUUGUUUACCAAUUUUUAUUCCAAUUUUUUACCAAGAAAUGUUGUUAGGUGACUUCCAAGGUGGUAGAUGACUCUCAUUUCCAGUUUCCCUCAGUCUGUCAAGGUGGUGACUAGGUCAAAAUUAAUUCCGGACGCUUAGGCUGUGCGUAGAUGUCUUAAUUCCUACCCAAGGGGGUUUUUCUCCCUCCAAGCCAUCGAUAGGUGCAUUACUUGCCCCCGAACACUCACUUGUAUGUAUGUCAUUACAGUAAAGCUAAAUGUAUGACUGUGUAUCUUUACAGAAAAGCCAAACUUGCCUUUCUUCAUUAAAAGAAGCAAAUACAACAACAUUCCAGUAUAUACGGAUUAUAGAAGUGGGAGAACUCGAAAGUUAACGAUAAUAAGGAGAGUCAGAGGAGAUCUAAAGGUAAUAAAGAUUGAUGUUGGCAGUAUGCAGCAAUUACUUGUGUAUCAAUCAUUUCUUGGGGUGAUUGUACAAUGACCUAAUUUCUUACAAAGCUGUUGAAAAGCCUAAACUGCCUCAACUCAUUGAAGUGAAAGAUGAAAGCAUUGAGUUGUUUAGGUAUUUUUUUUCAAACCCCACUAAAUUUUUUGUUGGACUACAUGAUUGAUUUUGGUGCCAGGUCAUUAAGUUGUAUGUUAUCUUGAGAAAAUCUUCAUGAUCAAUUACAAUUUAGGGAUUGAAUAAUCAGCUAUAAAAUGAUUUGAAAACAGACGUGUUAACUUAAUUAAUAGAAAUGCUAGCAUCUGGUAAUUUGGAAGCUGAUGUUUGAUUCACUCACAUUGCACUACUUCAAUAUUGAUUAUGUCUUUGAUAUUUAUUUGAUUCCUUGAAUAGUGUUGUAAAUGUAUCAAAAAUAUUAUCAGUGUUUGGUUGUUUGUUUUUUUUUGCUAGGCUCUAGAAGAAUGUCUGAAAAGUCACCUUGGAAAUGAUAUUAUUACAUCAAGAAAUGAACUUACAAGCCAAAUAAAAAUAAGAGGAAGUUACAAAGAUGAAGUUUUCACUCUGCUUAAACGCUUGGGAUUCUAGGAAUUUCAUAUCAAAGAAAAGUACCUCUGAAAUAUCAGAAAAGUUCAUAAAACUCCUUUGGAUGUGGAUUACUGGGAAGAUAUGUUGGUGUGACAUGCCACUGAAGUUAACAGCUAUCAUGGAUGUAAAAAUGUUUCACCACUCCAGCAUAUAAUGGGCUCAAGAAUCAAAUAUUAAAAAUGCUCAGCAUAAUGAAGUGAAAAGUUUAUCGAUAUAAAGUUAACAACCAUCUUUGUCUCAGCCCUUUGACCCCUAAGAAUGACAGUAAUAACAUGUUAUUUCUCCUCAAAAUAUCACAUCUGAAUCACACAUGAAGGUCACAACAUUAAAAGAAAUGAUCACAUGAUAAAGAAGCUCUUGAUUUUUAGAAAAAUUUAAUAUUGUCAGCACCUCAGUAAACAUAUAGAGGUCAUUAGGGAGAAUUUGCAUACUGAUGUUAGAGUGUAAAGGGUUAACAGAUGGGAAAUUAACAUUUCAUCAUGUUUAGAGGGAAUGUUUCUUUUUUGAUUGCUAAUAUGUAACUGGAGAGAUUCUUCAAACACAGUCUCAAAGUGAUAUAGAUGGCUUGAGAAGGACGUUCAAGAAUACAAUACAGCUUUAACUGAACAUUUAGCCUCAAUAUUUCUCAUAGGCUAAAAACGAUAUUUUAAAGCAGAGUUUGUUGAACUUUUAACAGCUCUAGGUAGUAGAAUUUUGUUGUAGAGA